AAGCUGUGGGGAUGGAUGGAUGGAUGGAUGGAUGGAUGGACCGACAGAUGAUGGAUGGAGGCUGUGGGGUGGGUGGACGGAUGGACCAACAGAAGACGGAUGGAGGCUGUGGGGCUGGCUGACUAGCAACGCCCCAGGACAGACCAGCUGUCCUUCCUCACAGUUCCCGACUCUCCGGGGCUACGGCUGGGAAGAUCUCACUCUGGCUGGUGGUUGUGGAGUUGCAGGGGGGAGGGGCCAGCACUGACCACCUGCCUGGGAUCCAGGCGAACCAGGUGUCCCGGGCACGAUGGCCAAGAGACCAGCCCCUGGCCCCCAGCACCGACCAGCUGGAGCUAGCCCCUUUCCCCCACGCUCUUUCCCCUCCAGGCUGUGAAGUGCUUGGGGCCAGUCCAACCAUGGAGCGGCCGUGGCCCCCCGGCUGCUGGCCCCUCCUCCUGCUGCUGCUGGGGAUCUGGGGGGCAGGGACCCAGCAAGGCACCCAGCCCUUCUCCAUCAGGAUCGAGGGGGACGUGACCCUGGGAGGGCUCUUCCCAGUGCACGCCCGGGGCCCGGCCGGGGUGCCGUGUGGCGAGGUGAAGAAGGAGAAGGGGAUCCAUCGCAUGGAGGCCAUGCUCUACGCCCUGGACCAGAUCAAUGCAGACCCCCAGCUGCUUCCCAACCUGACCUUGGGGGCCCGCAUCCUGGACACCUGCUCCCGGGACACCUACGCCCUGGAGCAGUCGCUGACCUUUGUCCAGGCCCUGAUCCAGAAGGACACAUCCGACGUGCGCUGUGCCGACGGCCGGCCCCCGCCCCUCACCCGCUCUGGGAAGCGAGUGGGGCCUAGUGGUUAGAGCAGGCAGUUUGGGGGCCAUGGUGACUCCAUUGAUCUCCCCUUUUGCCCUCAGAUCCCCCAGAUCAGCUACGCCUCCACCGCCCCCGAGCUCAGCGACAACAAUCGUUACGACUACUUCUCCCGCGUGGUGCCCCCCGACUCUUACCAGGCCCAGGCCAUGGUGGACGUGGUGAAGGCGCUGGGCUGGAAUUACGUCUCCACACUGGCCUCUGAGGGCAACUACGGGGAGGCAGGGGAGCGGCGGGGGUGGGGAGCACCGGCAGAGCCAGGAGGCGUCUGCAUUGCUCAGUCCAUCAAGAUCCCACGGGAGCCCAAGGCCGGGGAGUUCGACAAGCUCAUCAAGCGGCUGAUGGAGACGCCCAACGCCCGCGGCAUCAUCAUCUUCGCCAACGAGGACGACAUCAAGCGGGUGCUGGAGGCUGCGCGCCGUGCCAACCUGACGGGUCAUUUCCUCUGGGUCGGCUCUGACAGCUGGGGCUCCAAGAUCUCGCCCAUCCUGAAGCAGGAGGAAGUGGCCGAGGGAGCCGUCACCAUCCUGCCCAAGCGGGCGUCCAUCGAUGGCUUCGACCAGUAUUUCACCUCCCGCUCCCUGGAGAACAACCGCCGCAAUAUCUGGUUUGCUGAGUUCUGGGAGGACGAUUUUAAAUGUAAACUCACCCGCCCGGGGACGCAGCCCGCGGAGGCAGCUCGGAAAUGCACUGGCAGCGCUGGGACCCCUGUCAUGUUCAAUGAGAACGGAGAUGCCCCAGGGCGCUACGACAUCUUCCAAUAUCAGCUCACGAACACCACAGUCCCCGGGUACAAAGCCAUUGGGCAGUGGACAGAAUAUCUGCGCCUGAACAUGGAGGAGAUGCAGUGGUCUGGGGGCCAGCAGGAGAUCCCCUCAUCCGUCUGUAGCCUGCCCUGCAGCCCAGGCGAACGGAAGAAGAUGGUGAAGGGUGUGGCCUGCUGCUGGCACUGCGAGCUCUGCGACGGCUACCAGUACCAGCUGGACGAGUUCCACUGCAAGAUGUGCCGCUUCAACGAGCGCCCCAACGAGAACCACACGGGCUGCGUGCCCAUCCCCAUCGUCAUGGCCAUCUGUGGCAUCCUAGGCACCACAUUCGUGGUGGUCACCUUCGUGCGCCACAACAACACGCCCAUCGUCCGGGCCUCGGGGCGGGAGCUGAGCUACGUGCUGCUGACAGGCAUCUUCCUGAUCUACUCCAUCACCUUCCUCAUGAUCGCCGAGCCGGGCAUGCUGGUGUGCGCUGCCCGGCGCCUCUUCCUGGGGCUGGGCAUGGCCCUCAGCUACUCGGCCCUGCUCACCAAGACCAACCGCAUCUACCGCAUCUUCGAGCAGGGCAAGAAGUCGGUGACGCCACCCCGGUUCAUCAGUCCCACCUCCCAACUGGCCAUCACCUUCAGCCUGAGCUCGGUGCAGCUGGUGGGGACGCUGGCCUGGCUGGGGGCCCUCCCGCCCCACAGUGUCAUCGACUACGAGGAGCAGCGGGUCCCCAACCCCGAGGCAGCCCGGGGGGUGCUCAAGUGUGACAUGUCCGACCUGUCACUCAUCUGCUGCUUGGGCUACAGCCUGCUGCUCAUGGUCACCUGCACUGUCUACGCCAUCAAGGCCCGGGGCGUGCCUGAGACCUUCAACGAAGCCAAGCCCAUUGGCUUCACCAUGUACACCACCUGCAUCGUCUGGCUGGCCUUCGUGCCCAUCUUCUUCGGCACUGCCCAGUCCGCAGAGAAGAUCUACAUCCAGACAACGACACUGACGGUGUCCAUGAGCCUCAGUGCCUCAGUUUCCCUGGGAAUGCUCUACGUGCCCAAGGUCUACGUCAUCAUCUUCCAUCCCGAACAGAACGUGGCCAAGCGCAAGCGCAGCUUCAAA